AUGCAUUUUACAGGAGGUUACUUGACCGUUCAAGACUCUCCAUUUAAUACGCCUCUAGGUCCAGCUUAUCUUCAAGCUGCACAAGAACUGGGAUAUAAUAUCUUGGAUAUAAAUGGCGAACAACAAACGGGAUUUACAUUCUGUCAAUAUACAAUGCGUAAAGGUACUAGGUGCAGCGCAGCCAAGGCAUUUAUACGACCAAUUAAAAAUCGCAAGAAAUUUCAUCUAUCGUUAUGGACAAAUGUUACGCGUAUUCUCAUAAAUCCACGCACCAAAAAAGCUUACGGGGUAGAGUUCAUUAGGAAUAGUCGUGUUGAGACCGUAUUUGCGAAGAAAGAAGUUAUACUUUCGGCAGGUGCCAUAAACACUCCUCAAUUAUUGAUGCUAUCUGGAAUCGGUGCUAGGGAUCAUCUGGAAGAACUUGGUAUUCCAGUAAUUCAGGAUUUACCUGGUGUAGGACAGAACCUUCAGGAUCAUAUAGGGUUUGGUGGUGCCAUCUUUCUCAUUGACAAAGAGAUUAGUGUGGUAUCCAAACGCAUGAUUGACUUAAACGUUAUAUUGAAAUAUGCAAUUAACGAGGAUGGUCCUCUAACUUCGAGCAAUGGUCUCGAAGUAAUAGGCUUUGUAUCUACUAAAUAUGCUAAUCAAUCGGAUGAUUGGCCUGAUAUAGAGUUCAUGAUUACCUCUUCCGCUAUUAAUACCGCAGGGGAGCAACUGGUACAUGCUGUAGGUUUAAGAGAUGAUUUUUAUAACGAAGUCUACAGUGCGAUUACUAAUCAAGAUAGUUUCACUAUCAUACCGAUGAUCCUCAGACCCAAAUCUCAAGGUUAUAUAAAAUUAAAGUCAAAAAAUCCACUCGAUUAUCCGUUGAUAUAUCAUAAUUAUUUGACGAAUCCUGAUGACGUAAAAGUAUUGCGAGAAGGAGUCAAAGCAGCAAUUGCAUUUGCUGAAACAAAUAGUCUGAAAAAAUUUGGAACAAGACUCUACACUAAACCAUUUCCAAAUUGUAAACAUCAUCCGAUGUUCACAGACGAGUAUUGGGAAUGUGCGAUUCGUCAAUUCACGAUGACUAUUUAUCACAUAAGCUGCACUGCGAAAAUGGGUCCACGAUCCGACCCAAUGGCCGUUGUAGAUCCUUCUUUAAAAGUAUACGGAGUGAAAGGACUUCGAGUGAUCGAUGCUUCGAUCAUGCCCGCGAUCGUUAGUAGCAACAUCAAUGCACCUGUAAUAAUGAUAGGUGAAAAGGGUUCAGACCUCAUAAAAAAAGAUUGGUUAUAUAGAGAAAAAAGAAAUCGUAAGACUAACGCUGCUUCUUUCCAUGAAUAUUAA